CCACGAGCUCAUUGUUAUUGUUUAUUGUGUUUAGAAAAUACGAUUUCCCAUAAGAGUCGUUAUAUUUUCAUUCAUUAUUCUUCUUCUUAUUAUUAUUAUUAUUAGAAAAUAUAUUUUAAGCUUUUUUUAUUGUUGAAAACUCAGUAUGGAUUUUAACUUCAAAAAGAUAGCCAGUGAUGCUGGAGGAUUCUUUAGCAGAGCUAAGCAGCUCACCGAAGAAACAUUCCUGAAAGCAGAGCGCACCGAACUGGACUCCCACUUUGAGAACCUUCUACAGCGAGCCGACAAGACAGAAGAUCAUACUCGCCGUCUCCUCUCUGCAAUUGAGGGUUAUUUGCAGCCAAAUCCCACCGUUCGCAUGGAAGAAGUAUUCUAUGAAAAAUUGGAAUUGAAAAAGGAUGGUGCUAUUCGGCAAAAUAAUCUCGAGCAGUUGUCAACAGCGAUGACCGAAGCUGGAGAGCAGUUCGGAGAGACCACUCCAUAUGGAUCUGCACUCCUCAAAGUGGCUCAAACGGAAAACCGACUUGGGCAAGCGGAACGGGAAUUGUGUGGACAAGCGGCCACAAAUACUUUGCUCCCUAUUAGAAGAUUCUUGGAAGGCGACAUGAAAACAAUUCAGAAAGAAAGAAAAGUGCUGAACAGCAAGCGUCUCGAUUUGGAUGCAUGUAAAAGCCGACUCAAGAAAGCAAAAACUGUAGAUCUUCAGACAGUGACGAAUAGUAAAACCUCUGGAGGGUUUACAAUUGAGCAGGCAGAGGCGGACGUGCGUGUUGCUCAAGCAGAGUUUGACAAGCAAUCAGAGAUUACCAAAUUGUUGCUAGAAGGAAUUCAAACCGCACACAACAAUCAGUUGAAGUGUCUUCGUGAUUUUGUCGAGGCACAAAUGUCUUUCUAUGCUCAGUCUCAUCAACUCAUGGCCGAUUUGCAGCGGGAAUUGAGCGGCACCAUGUCAUUUCGCGGAAGCUCGGCAAUACUGGUGAACAAUAGUGGCGACCCGCCAAACGGAAGGACUAUGGCGGCGGCAAUAGCGGCGGCCAAGCCAAGUGGCCUACUGCCGGAUGACUUGGGAACCAAGCAAGCCAAAGUGAUCAUGGACUACGAUGCAGUGCUGCCACAAGAGAUCAGCGUCACCCAGAAUGAUAUUCUCAUCGUGUAUCGCCUUCCUGGAAUGGAUGCGGAAUAUGUGAUGGCUGAAAAAGGAGGAAAACGCGGAAAAUUGCCUGUCAGCUAUAUUGAGCUGCUCUAGAAACGCUGCAUUCAUUAAUUUAUUGUCUUAGUACUUUGUUCAUGUGCCAAAAAUGUUUUAGUAAGGUGUCUUAUUUAUUGUGGAAGAUCUCAAUUGAAAUGUGUCUAUUUAUUUGACUCCUCAAAUGCGCUUAUUAUUGUAUAGGUUAUUUAGAUUUAAAAUAAAUGGGAAAUUU